AUGGCGGCAGUCGGCGCAGAUUUGGCGGCCGAUGUGUUCCGGCGCGGGCGUCCAUUUUUCAGCGCCGGCGACGGUGCUCUAUUCAACGCACAGGCGCAGGCGCAGCGGGGCCAUUUGGUCCGCGGCGGGUUCCAGCCGCGCCUUCCGACUUCGCUGCCGCCCCCAGGGCAGCAGCAGCAGCCGUCGCCGCUACCACGCCGACAGCCCGUCCCGUUGAUGCCUCCCGCGCAGCUUCAUCCGGGAGCGCCCCAGGUGGUCGCUCCGGCGCCUGUGGUCCCUCUUCAGUCGCCACCGCCUUCGGAGCUGAUGGACGUCGACCCCUCAGCCGGGCCGCCUUCCCAAGCGGUGGCUGUGCAGCCUGUCCUGCAGCCGCUUUCCUUGGGCACCCCCAAGGAGUCUGACACCGCAGCGCCUUGUCCGGCGCCCAAUCAGCAGCCGUCGACGCAGCGCCAGGAGACGCUGCCUCUCUUCGUGGGUCCCGACGCCCCGUCGCGUCCGACGUCGGAAAGGUUGGAGCAUCGCCAUCAUAGCCAGCUCCGCCCACGUUCCCACACGGGACUCCCACCACCGCCUCCUUCUCUGCUACCUCCUUCGGGUACAGACGUGGUCCUCGAGUCGCCGCCACUGCCCUCAGUUGCUGCCUCCCCGCAGGCCUGCCACCGGCCCUCCCCGCCCCCAGGAGGAUCGGCGGCUCCCUCCGCCAACCUGGCCUCUGGGUUGGCCAUCAUGGGCACCUUGGACGUCCCUUCCUCCCUGCCACUGACGCUUGACGAGCCUGAGUCUUCUCCCAUCUACUGA